UCCGUUUCCUGCCCCGCGGUCCCGCGCCCCUCUCCCCUCUCCCCUCUCCCCUCUCGACCCCGGAUUCCCAGCGCGCGCUGCCGUCUCAACUGCCGACUCCUCUCUCCCUCAAAGUUUCAGACGCAGGCGUCCGCGUCAGCGCUCCCCCAUCACCCUGUUGCCCCGAAUCGACGCGAGGGCGCGGCGCGGCUGACGCUGGGCGCCUCCGCGCCCGUGCGCCGCAGCAGGCGAGUCAGCGAGGCGGCGUUUCGGGCAGCCGGGCCACCGGGGCUGCGCGCCUCCAAGCGGCCGAGCGGCUCCGCCCUUGCGUUGGCAGGGCCGCCAGCCGCCACCACCGGUGGGCAGCGGUGGGGAUUCGGCACCGCCGCACCGUCGAUUUGCCGAGCAGGGCAGCAAGCUGCAGGCGAUUGGGAUUUUGGGACCUUCUUUUGUUGGGAGUGGGAAUGCCCAACUUUGAAAUCCUGGCUCCGCCACUGCGUGCUUGGGAGGUGUCGGGAACAGAGGCCGCGGCGGAUGCACCGGCCCAGAUCUAGUUAUCUGACCAGAUUGUAGUUACCUGUGAAGUCCAACUCCUCCGCCGGAUUGGUGCUGGUGCUCCUUGUUUUAUAAGCCUGGUUUGUUUCAGCUGAAAACUGUGGAUUCUACUCACUCCAGCCUCUGUUACUCCCCUCCAUUCGAACUUGUUGAGUGGCUUAAUAUGGAUAUUAUGCUGCCUUUUAAAGUUGGAGACACAGCAGAGUCAAGGUCCUUCUCUCUUGGUUUCAGGGGUGCAUGGUUCCGCAGUAAGAUAAGCCUUAUGUGUAUAAGGCAAGGUCAUCUGGAGUGUCUUUUGGAGUAUCUUGACUUUCCAGAUGAAAAGAAGACAUGGACUCGACUAUACAAAGUUCCCCCAGGUAGCCGUAAGCGGAAAUCAAGUGAGAGUAGGAUGAUCAUGGUCAGACCUACCUUUCCACAGUGGUAUCGGGAGCAUGAAAAACCUGACCAGCUCCCAGAGGCUAAUGUUGUAGUGGUUGUCAGCAGUCCAUGGAAAGUAGGUGACCUGAUUGAGUGGUGGUAUACUGAUUGUUACUGGACCGGGAAAAUUAUUGAGUUACUUGGUGAUAACAAAGUUAAGAUAGCUUUGCAUGAAGAGCCACUUGGUGAAGGUGGAUACUAUGAUGCUGAUUGUAAGGAUCUGAGGCCAGCCCUUGAUUGGUCCCUUGAAAAAGGUUGGAGUGUGCCUCUUUCACAGGAAAAUGGAAAGUCCUGGUAUACCGCCCAGUUGAUUAUACAGAGCACAGAUUCAGAAAGUAGCAGCUCAGAUCAGGACAUUGAGCAAUCUUGUGAUGGCGAAGAGGUACAAAAAUGCAUGAAUGGGCCAUCUGAUGUGCCUGCAGAAGCCAUGGGCUCUGGCGCAAAACUUUCAGAAGAAGUCAGUGAUGAAAUUUUCAUCAACAACCAAAGAGGUGGUAAAGAGGAAUCACCGGAAUGUUUGAAUAGAGCUUCCAAUAUGCAUCAGGAGGUUACCAGUUCAAAAGAGGAACUUCCACCCGACCAAAAUGGACAUUGCUGCAUAACAAGUGAAACAAACAGUCUUAUUGCCAAGCGAUGUGAAUCUCUGGAAGCCCUUUCGGAUGAUCAAUCAAGUCCCAUCAGCCUCAAGCGAUGGAAAACUUCAUCUGGAGAUAUUUCUGUCGAGGGGUCUCCUGAUCCUGUGGAUGAUGCCAUUGAUGACGCCAUAAUAGAAGUGGAGAAAGUGGCAAACAAAAUCAGAAGACUUGAAAAUCUAUUGCUAUCUGUGGGAUCUCCAUCAAAAGUGGUGAAGCCAUCUUGGAAGUUCCUGGAGGAUGCAUCAGCAAAACACAAGUGAACUCAUGUUUAUUCUGUGGUCAGGCCUACAGAUUGACUGACCCUAUUCAGGGAUUUUCCGCCUGGCUUUUUGGGAACCGUCUCCAGCAAGAGACCGCAAAGCGGCUUCUAGAUUUAUUACUGGUGUUUGCUUUUUUUUAUUGUAAUCAAACUCGUUUAUCAGGAGGUAGAACAAUCGAAGUGGGGCUGUUUGGUUCCCCACCUUAAAUUGCAACAGCGCAUCUAUGGCGCCGCCGAAGAUGCGGCAUAAAAAUCCGGCGCCACAAGUGUGGUGGGAAAUGAACUAGCAUGCUGUGUAAAAGUUGUGGCACGCCGCAAUUAAACAACCAACCAAGCAGCAGCUCAGUUUUUUGGUGACGCCAAA